AUGAGUGCAGAUCCUUUAGUUUUUGUACCAGUAAACCGUUGGAGCGAACUCAAGGACCUCUUCAAAUCGGACUGGCCACGAAGUAUAUCUGGCUUUACUAUUCUAGAAAACCUAGAGAGAAUAUUGCAGCUUGGUCUCGAUUAUGGAUUCAAAGUGUAUUGUCCAUUUGGAGAUUUAUCAAACGGAAUGGUCGCUCUGAAUGUCAAGAAUACAUAUUACGAAGUCGUGGUACAGAUUGCCAACGACGAUACACAAAGACUGGAAGAAGCGCUUAACAACACUAAAUUGAUAGAUUGGAGUCAAUCAGUUGAAGUGCCAUUCGCGCCAAAACAUGUUAUGGACUGCGUCAGAAAAGACGUCAGACUACAAAAGGAGUUAACAUUUAAACUGCUGUCCCUCGAAUACGUGGAACAAGUUGACUCGGUAUGGCCCCACCGAUACCCAGGCUCCUUGUGGUAUUUCGAGCUGUUAACCCGAGCUAAUUUGGGAUAUGGGUUAUUUAAUGGCGACAAGCUGAUUGCGUGGGUGUUCAUCAAAGAAAUGGGCGCUCUAGGUCAUCUAUACACAUUGGAAGAACACAGAAGAAAGGGCUACGGCGAAUUAGUCCUGAAGCUAAUAUCGAACAUACUGUUGAAGCAAGGAAAAUAUGUGGUCGCCUUUUGUUUAGAGGGCAAUACUAGUGCCUACAAAUUGUACACGAAGUUAGGCUUCCAACGAACCGACGAGAUCGAAUGGUGCACAAUGACUGCUUCU